UACAGCCAUAUCUACACCGGAACUCUCCCAACCCUUUUGCCAGCGCCGCCGCUGCUGCUCGUCACCCGCAAGCGUCCGCUUGGGCAACAUUUCUUUCAUCAUUGGCGCCGACGAAGCUAGACCAGAUACGGUCCUUGAUGAUUAGUGCCACUGCCAACAACACCGCGCUUUCUUAUGAGUCUUUGACCGAGAUAUACAACAUCCUCAGAGAGGAAACCCGGAAGGCGGUGACACUGCCGGCUCCCAAACUCUGUCGGAUGGCGGUGAGCAUUCUCACAAGAAAGAGGGAGGCCUAUGCUCACCAGCAGAGCUUCAUUCGCGGUAGGAUUGAACAGCUACUGCUGGAAUACGCGCGUCGCCAUCCUUCAGAAACAAAAUAUGAUUUGGAUUUUAUAUGCGGUGUAGCCGUAACAUUAACCGGUCACCAGGAUCAAUGCUACCACGUCAAUUUCAUGGCAGCUACCAAAUCGACAUCCAAGAACACACUUUUCUUUGCCGAGGUUUGGUGGGCAUAUCAAGAUCAGUCAAAGCCUUCCGUAUGCUGCCCUCUGCCCCAACCGUAUACCAUGGGUCGUUGCUACUACGGCCAGGAGUCCGCACGUAAGCUCGCCUAUCCGGAUGACUCCAUCGACUAUUUCUCACGCGACAUUACUCAUGGCGGACUAGAUGACACAGAAGGCAUACUAAACACGGACUUUUUGUACUUCGACUCCGAGAGGGACGUCGGGCUUGCCAAGGUCUUGCAGAGGAUGGGCAAGAAAGAAGAGGUCAUGCAAAGGUCCUCUACUGGAAGGCGUGCUGAAUGGACCGCCGGUGUUCCUCUGUGCUAGCUAGGUUUAUUCAUGCUUUGAAUUAUUAUGUAGAAAUGUUUGGAGAAAGCUGGAUACAGUAGUUAACGAGAAUAGUUGGGUGUGGAUUAGUGUGAACCU